GCUUGGCGGUGCGAUGGAAACCACGUCACCGAGCAGCCAGUGAGCGUCGAGCGGAGCGGACCAACAACCCCAAACAAGGAAAUGGUGGGGGGGGGAGGAGGAGGUAAAAAAAAAAAAAAAAAAAACAUAACAACGAUCCGAUUAUUUAAUUAAUGCGUCUCAUAAUUAAUAUUUCAUCGGAUCGCCAAUUAAGAAGAAGCGGAUAUUUAUGGGUUAAACGGAAAAAAAAGACAUGGAUUACGACUUCAAGACGAAGCUGGCGGCUGAGCGGGAGAGAGUGGAAGAUCUGUUCGAAUAUGAAGGUUGUAAAGUGGGUCGCGGCACCUACGGGCAUGUUUAUAAAGCCAAGCGCAAAGACGGGAAGGACGACAAGGAGUACGCCCUCAAACAGAUCGAAGGGACCGGGAUCUCCAUGUCCGCCUGCCGAGAGAUCGCGUUACUGAGGGAGCUGAAGCACCCGAAUGUCAUCGCACUACAGAAGGUGUUCCUGUCUCACAGCGAUCGGAAAGUCUGGCUCCUGUUCGACUACGCAGAGCACGACCUGUGGCACAUCAUUAAGUUCCACCGGGCCUCGAAGGCCAAUAAGAAGCCGAUGCAGCUGCCGAGAGGGAUGGUGAAGUCUCUGCUCUACCAGAUCCUGGACGGCAUCCACUACCUCCACGCCAACUGGGUCCUUCACCGAGAUCUGAAACCUGCCAACAUCCUGGUGAUGGGGGAGGGUCCCGAACGAGGGCGGGUCAAAAUCGCCGACAUGGGCUUCGCGCGACUCUUCAACUCUCCCCUGAAGCCUCUGGCUGAUCUGGAUCCGGUCGUGGUGACGUUCUGGUACCGAGCGCCCGAACUGCUCCUGGGAGCUCGACACUACACCAAAGCAAUCGACAUCUGGGCGAUCGGCUGCAUCUUCGCCGAGCUGCUCACGUCAGAGCCGAUAUUCCACUGCCGUCAGGAGGACAUCAAGACCAGCAACCCGUUCCAUCACGACCAGCUGGACCGCAUCUUCAACGUCAUGGGCUUCCCUGCAGACAAAGACUGGGAAGACAUCCGGAAGAUGCCGGAGUAUCCGACCCUGCAGAAGGACUUUAGAAGAACAACGUACGCCAACAGCAGCCUCAUCAAAUACAUGGAGAAGCAUAAAGUCAAACCGGACAGCAAGGUCUUCUUAUUGCUCCAGAAACUUCUCACCAUGGACCCAACCAAACGCAUCACGUCCGAACAGGCACUGCAAGACCCCUACUUCCUGGAAGACCCCUUACCUACAACAGAUGUAUUUGCAGGAUGCCAAAUCCCAUACCCCAAACGCGAGUUCCUUAACGAGGACGAACCCGAGGAGAAGACAGAGAAGAACCAGACGCAACAGCACCAGCAGACCCAGGCGCAGGCGCAAACACAGGCGCAGCAGGCGCCGUCGCAGCAGAGCUCGGCUCAGACCAACGGCACUUCCGGGGGGACCACGGGACCCUCCAUGCAGCACGCAGGCCAGGAGCAGGGGCCCCCGAACAAGAAGAGCCGCACCACCGGGGCCAACGUCCUCCAGACAGACUACCAGCACUCCAGCUCGCGCCUUGGUUACCAAAGCAACGUCCAAGGCACCACCCAGUCUCAAAGCACUAUGGGAUAUUCAUCCACAUCUCAGCAAAGCUCCCAGUACUCUCAUCAGUCUCACCGCUACUAAGACGCGGAAACAUUGACGGCCUCGCGCUAAUCCGCAAACGCAAGUCUUGCUGCCAUUCCUUAUAAACUUGUAAAGACUUCCUUCUCCCUGCCUUCGCACCUUCUUAUUAACAUUUAAAUCACGCCUCUAAGUUUUUUCAGCUAAUUCUUACUAGCAUCUCCAAUACCAGCAGCAUUAGCAAUAGCUCACUUGUCAUGGACCAGAGAGCUAAGAUGUCAUUUCCGAAGCAGCACCCUCUAUACUCACCGACACAACCCAGGAGCCUUGGAGCUCAAAUGAACCUUGUGAUGAGAUGCAAAACUAGCGUCCUAACCCUCGGUUUAAAACAAUUCUCAGAACUGUAUUUCAUAUAUUUACUUUUAUUUAUUUGGCACUAACCUUUAUCCAAAGUGAUAACUACUGAGGCAGGACACAAUACAAGUGUUUAGCCGAGCAGGUGAGGGUGAAGGACUUUUCUCCAGGGCCAGGGAGUGGCACUUUGGCAGUCCUCGGGUUCAAACUGACACUGACAACAUGGGCAGUGCUUCAAAGCAGAGAUCCCAGAACCACAAUAUAUUUAAAACAACAGUUUCAGUUUGUGAAAACUUCAGUUUAGGCACAUCAAGUCCCUAAAUCCAAUCAAACUGUCAGUAGGGCCUUCUUGGUCACCCUCCAAAACAAGCCAUUUGGUUCCUUCAUUUUUUAUCUAUGUGUCUUUAAAGGUGCACCUUUAGCUUCCAUCAAGAAUCAGUUUGCAAACCCCUGGGUUUCCAUCAAGGAUCAAUCCUGACCUCUUGGGUUUUCAUCAAGAACCAGUUGCCACCCCCUGGGUUUUCAACAGGAAUGAGUCUCCAAGCUCCUGGGUUUUCAUCAUGAACCAGUCCCUAAGUCCUCGGUUUUCAUCAAGGAUCAUUCUCUAACUACCUGGGUUUUUAUGAAGAAUCAAUCUUCAAGCUCCUGCAUUUUCAUCACGAAUCAGACACAAUCCCUUGGGUUUCCAUCUAGAAUCAGUCCCCAGCCCCCUAUUUUUUCAUUAAGAAUAAAUCCUUAAGCCCUGGGUUUCCAUCAAGAAUCAGCCCUCAGCCUUUUAGUUUUUCAUCAAACAUCAGCCCCAAAGCCUUCUGAAGAACCAAACUUCAGAAACUAAAAUAUCAUUUUGGGUUUACUCUUGGGCUUCUUGGGCUUCCAUUUACAACCACUCCCCAAGACCUUGGGUAUGCAUCAAGAACCGGUACCCAGGCCAGUUUCAUCUAGAACUAGUCCUCAGAAUGCUUGGCUUCCAAUCAGAACCAUCCCCGAGAUUUCUCAGUUUACUUCCAGAACCAGUCUUCAAGAAACUGGGUGUCAUUAUGUCCACUUUUGGGCGUUUUAUUAAAGACCAUUUUUCAGGAUCCUUGGUUUCCAUUAAAAAAAAAAGUUUUCAUCCAUAACUUAUCUACACACCACCUGGUUGCCACCCAGAACCAUUCAUCAAAACCUUCACAAAUAGAUAGAUUGUCAAACUCCUUCGAUCCAGUGUGCUGCACAACAAUGUGAGGUCCCAGAACCUGCAGUAUUUAUGUAGUCCAAACUGAAUUAAUGAUCCAAACCCUGGAGUUUUUAUUCAGAAACACGACUGUCUAAAUGGGAUUCUUUAAACCUCUAUUUUUUAUGAAGAACAUUGACUUUUCCUCAGUCAGUAAUCUAAAUCUUUAGUAUCUCUACUGAAAUCUCUAUUAAAACUAUUAAUGUUCUAGUUGAUCCUUAGAACCACCUGUACUCUUCCGUAAUCAGUCUGCGCAGCUUUUUUUAUGUAGAGAAUAAGUCCUUUGAAUGUACAGUUUCCAAUCCACCAACCCACAACACCUGCUACAGUUCCAGUCCUCCACACAGUUGUUUUUUCUGCCUGUAAGCUGCCCUCUUGGACAAGGUGAGGGUCUCGACAGAACCUGCCAUUAGGACCUACUGUGUCCGUACAGAACCAGCCAGGACGCGUCCCGAUUCUGCUCUGGUCCAACGACCGGCUACACACCUGCAAUACGGAGGCUAAUACAGUACAAACCAAAUAUCUCUCCUCUUCACUAUCUGUCUGAUUUUUUUAGUUUGUUUGUUUGUUAGUUACACAUUCUGUUGUCCCUACACGUGCAACACCACGUGCACAUUAUAGACACUGAAGAACAAAAAAACUUUGAAGAUAGAGGACUGGCGACUGGCCCUUAUCAGAGCCAUGAUAUGUCUUCAUGCAUGUGCAGAGCGCCUUUACUUACUUUUCCACUACAGACGUGGAGGCUUUGACCUUCAAGGGUUUUGUUCUUUUGUAAAUAUUUGAUUCUGACAUCUGAAGACUGCAGAGGAAACCCUUUACUUUUACGAGUCUUUUGUACGUUCAUUCACGGUGAUGGACGGUAAAUAUCAACGACAGAUUCCUUUGUCAGGAAAAUGAAGCAAAACGAAAGGAAAAAAAACUUUCUUUUAUCGUUCGACGUAUACAUUUGAAACUUCUUUUUUUUUUUGGCCAUGAGAUAAAAUUACGUGAAUCAACAUUUGUGUCUACAAGAGAAACUGUGUGUACGAGUGACUAUGUUUUUGUUACAAUGUUUGAGGCAGCUCCGGUGACUGUUACCUCCUGUUUAAUAUUUUAUCAUUUUAGAUUUUUUGCUAUUUUUAUUGUUGGUUUUGAAGUUGGGUUUAAUUUUUUGUUUUUGUUGUUGUUCUUCACCACUCCGUGUGUAGAAUCGCAUUUGAAGCAGCGCUGUAAAAAAAGAAAAAAAAAAAAAGAAAGAAAAAAAAUCUAAACUUGAGGUCCUUCAAGCCAGGGGAACGGGGAACUAAAAUUGUCCCUUUAAUACUAGUCCAAGCUCUGUUUCCCCUGUUUGCCAAAUCCUGACCUCAGCCAGAUCAAAUCUCGAGUCGAGAAGAAACAGGCCAGACCUGAUAAGUGCACUGAAAAUGUUGGAAACACUGACAUCUUCUGGGGGUUUGAGAGAACCGCACGACUCUCAGAGCUGUCGACUAAAUGGCACUUCUGCACUCUGUACCCAAUGGACGUCAGCAAUGGCUGUGAAGUAGACUCGGGGGACACUGGUGCAUGUAGCUGACCUGAGACCUGCUAAAGACCAAUGAACAAUGGCCAUCAGAUGAGCAAAACGGCACUGAUCUCUGUUCAGGUUGACUCCGGAUGCACUGACCUGAGAGUACAUGUUCAUUUUCAUCUAAUGUGAGUUUACAGGCGCAAUAUUUAAAGGAGGUCUUCACUCAGAUAUGAUAACAGCGUUAGUGUGUGCAUAUUACCGCCAACGUCAGCUGUAUAUUCUUAGAAAUAGGAGUGGUUGAAAUUAAUUAAUUAAUUAAAAAAUAGUUAUAAUUUAAACUCUUUCAAAUAUUGUUCUUCAGGGAGUUAUUAAAAGAUCCUGUUCAAAAAAUUUGUAUACUUAUGACAAAUGAAAAUGAGCCAGCACUUAAAAUAGAUAUUAACACACUCAUAAAAGUGUUCUUUAGUGAUUUUGCAAAAUAAAAGAGCCUUUUCUGAUUAAAAAAAAAAAACUGUUUCUUUAUGGGUUCCUGCAGUGAGACAGCUGAAAACCCCAUGAGAGUUCAAAACCUAAAGGACAAACUGGAACUCUUAUAGAUGAGGAUAUCUUUUUAGUUUUAUUUUAUUUUUUUAUGAGUUUUUAAUAAAUUUAAUGAGGGACACCUGAAGAACCCUUAAGGAUUUAAUAGUAUUUUAAGUGUGGAUACUUUAAACAAACAAAUAAAUAAUAAUAAUAAUUAUAAUAAUAAUAAUAAUAAAGAUUUAUAAAAAAAAAAAUAAGAUCACACUUUUAAACAAAUGGGUUCGAUUAACGAAGAAAAAAAAAACUUUUAAAUAAUUCCUCCAAAAACAGAAACACCUGGAGCACUGGAUUUUCUACUAGGGAACCUUUCUAUUAGAGGAAAGGUGUUCCUCCAGAAGCACAACUGAAGGACAAGUAAAAAUUUUAUUAUUAAGAGUGUAUAUUUCAAAUUUUUAAGAUUUUUUUAAUUUCUUUAGAAUUCCUUUCUAAGAACACUUCUUUAGGUAAACAAAAAACAGGAACCUGUUCUGAUUGGGAAAUGCUGUUGUAUAAAUUUUUAGAUCUAAUGGUUUUCAAAAAUAACAAUUGUAGAACACGUGAUGCUUCAUAAUAUUCAAAGUCUUUUUUAUCCUUUCAAUAAAAUAACCAUUCUUAAGCAGUUUUAAAAUAGUUCUUGUCGUUGUUGCGUCUCAUUUGGCUUUCCGAAAGCGUUCAGUUUCCUGUAUUGAUCAGAAAACACGAACCACAGAGAUGUCAAUUCAUUUUCCGAAAGCGGUUUGCACACCAUAACGCAAGAUCACAAACUACGUUGGGUAAAAUUUACAUUAAGUAACAUUUUGUUUAACACCUUGGCAGCUUAACGUCACUAUCAUAUUUCGCGUGAAUCACGUUAGCAUAUUUCGAGUGAAAGGUUCCUUUAACGCUGGUUACUGACUAGCUCUGGCAAGACUCGAGCGUUACUUUCCUGUCAAAAGUAAUAGUAUGCAAAAAAAACAACUUUUUUUUUUUUUUUGUUUCCCGCCCACUCAGCUAUCUGGCUCCGCCCUCAAAAUGUCUCAAGAGUUUGUGUAAUUCAAAACAGCGUUUGCCUGUUGUUUUAUAGCUUUAACAUGUUCCGUGACUAAAAAACAUCAUUUGUGUAAACGCUCAAAGACGAAAUAAUUUAUACACAGUAAAUAUAAAUCUGCUUUUUAAACAAUUAUGUACUUUUAUUCUUGACAGGAAAAUAACGACUAUUAUAGUAUACUACAUUCUAUGGUUUUCCUGAAACUUUUUUCACUUCAGUCCACAUUUAAAAAAAAAAUAUUAUUGACCAGCAGUCCAGCCCGACCUCUAACCUUCCUCCCUACAGUGUGUUUUUUCUUCUUCUCUUCCUCCUGAGAUGCAUCCAGAGCGCAACUUGUUUUUUUCUAUAAAAAGUUUAAAAGCGAGGUGAUCGGUGUAGUGUCGUCCUGUCGCCGUGUCCUCUCUACGUGGGACGCUAAACCUUCAAACCUUCACACUUUUUCCUAUGCAAACAAAACGACAAACGAAACAAACCCUACCUGAAAAGCGUCGGCUUUUGCAGGAGCCUCAAAUUUAAACCACAGCAGCGAAAAUAUCACCGUAUUUCUUACUAUCGACUUCUUUUCUUUUUAAUAACAAACAUUUUGAGGGAUUUGUAACUUAACGUGCAAACUGAAAAUUCUGACAUGAAGUCAUUGAGAGUGUUUUUUUCCUUUUCUUUUUGUACUGUAUGCUGUAUUGUUAAGAUCGACUGUAAAAAAUGGCAUGUAUAUUAAUUCUACACGACCGUAUUUAUUAUCUUCACACACUUAUAAAAAAAAAUAUAUAUAUAUGAAUAUAUAUAUAUAAAUCUACAGUAUAUAUAUAUUAAUGUUUAGAUCUGUCUCAGGCCUGACGCUGAGGUCGGAGACGUCUGUUUUACUAAACGAGAUCAAUGUUUUCAGGUCGUUUGUAUUUCUUUAUUUUUUCCUCUCUAAUGUAGUCUGUAGGUAUAAAUGCUCGCCCUAAGCCUUUAUAUACCGAGUUGUACAUAGGCACUGAGGUAGUAGGUGAUUAUUUAUGCACUGAGCUCCAUUUCGCAGAAGGCACCAGUCCGCAUAGGGUCAGGGUUUACCAAGCUGAAGGAGCUGCGCGGGGAGGGGCGAGGGUGGGGGGGAAGAGGGUAGUUUUAAAUGGACUUUGUGUCUGUCAAGCUUUUAGAAGUGUUCACUAAUGAGCGUGCAAUUAUGUCUUUCAGCUAAAACAUUUCAGCAUGUUGACAGUGCCUUUUUUUUGUUUUGUUUUAAAGCUAUUCGUUCCAGUACUGUUUUUUUUUUUUUUUUAACAUGCCCUUGUUCACUUUCAACCAAAAUGUCCAGUAACAUUCUAGAAUGUAGAAAAUAAAUCCAAACAUGUGUCCAAACUUUUGCCUGGUACCCUACAAGUCAAAUGUUUGGACACCCCUCGGACUGUUUUUUUGUGAUUUAAUUUCUACAUUCUGGUAUAAUAAUGAAUUUUUUUUUUCUUCCAAAACUCUGAAACAACACAUAUGGAAUGAUGCAACAGCAACAGUCUGUUUUUUUAAGACAUGAAGGUCAAGAAUAGUUCUUGCAAGAACAAAAAUGUCAAGUGCAUUUGCAAAACCCAUUAAGCACCAUGAUGAAACUGUCUCUCCUGGAAAGCGAAACCAAAACUUACACCUGCUGCCGAGGAGUUUAUUACAUUUAGAGUUACCAGCCUCAGACAUCACCUUAGAUUAGAGGUGUUAUCAAGGCUUUACAGGGCAUAAGUAGCAGAUACAUCCCAACAUCAAUUAGAUGUUGAGAUUAUUGCAUAUUUUGGACGCCUUCAGUAUUGUUUUACAGUGUAGAAAGAAGUAAAAAUCAGGAAAGACCACAGAAUUAUAAGGUUUUUCUAAACUUUUUGACUGGUAUUGUAUCCAUAGUUGUUUGUUUUGUGUAAUAUUUCUCUGUUGCAUUCCAACAUGAAUGCUAAAUGACAUCCUGUUCACUCUACACAGUCUGUUCACUUCAUUACAUUUGUUGUAGUAUCUAAGACUAUAAUAAUAUACAUGUUUGGAAUGACUUAACUACUACUUAACGGCAUACCGCAUGUUUACGUUUUUAUAUUUCUUAAGAAACUUAAAGAGUUAAAAACAAAUGUAAUUCUGUUAAGCUAUGAAGUUUUUAGGAAAUAUGCUUUAAACAUGGUUCAGCAGUUCCCACAGCUUAAAGUACUCAGACAUUAGAUGGUAAGCUUUUAAAUGUGUAGAUUUGUAGUGUUUUGUUUUUUCUUACACACAGUUUUUAAGCUGGAUUUGUACUGUGAAAAUGCACUUAAAUACAUAACACAAAGGCCUAACAUAAAACACAGUCAUAGGGACAUAGGACAUAGAAUGUUAGGUAGGAAGGUGCAAAAUGUAACAAAAAAUUAUGUCGUUUUUUUCUUAUUUUUUAAUCUAAUCUUGAUGCUUUGCUAGUAAGGUUAAGUGAAUCACAUAGCACAUAUCACAUCAACCGUCAUUUAAAUUGGAGGUACAUUUCAGAAUUUAAGAUUACUUUGUAAAUGGUCGUGGUGAAUUUUUUUCAAUUAGCUCAAAAUUUCAGGGAUUUAAGCGAGAUUAAGUGAACAAGGUGGUGUUAAAUAACAGUACUGGAACUCAAGCUGUGUGUUUCAACCUUGGUUAAAAUUCGCACACGGAACACACUCAUGCCUUUGUUUUGAUUUUGUUUUUUGAGAUUUUUAUAUUGUCCGAUUUGUUUGUAUGUUGUUGUUUUUUUCAUGUUAUGUUUGAUUCUGCACAUGCAUUUAAUAACCUACGGAGUGGGACGUAUUUAGUAAAACUUUUCAGUGUGUGGAAUUCUGAAAGUUUCUGUGUGUAGUCCUGCUAACAUUAACAUCUUUUUUUAAAUUGUUGUUUUAUUUUAUUAUUUUUUUAACAAUGUCCUGUUCUUGCGUGAAUUUUGACUGUACAUAAGAACUCUUCACUGAAACAUAACUUUAUGGUAUUUGUUUUUUUUAAUGCACUGUUAUUGCUAAACUAUUUAGUGGUAAAUGAUAAAAAAAAAGUAUUUAAAGUUUUUAUUGUCUUGUUUAGGGACUAAAUAUAUGGCAGUUCUAUAAAGGUUAGACAGUGCUUUUUAACAGAAUACUUAUUGUAAAUGUGUAGAAAUAUAAAGCCUCUGAAUGUUGUAUGCAAAUAAGUGGGUGGAGCCUAAAGGCCUCGGCCAUGUCACUCUGUCCCCUUUUUUUUAUAAUAGAGGAUGCAUGUAUUUGCCCUUUUUUAAAAUUUUGAAUUAAAGAAAAAACCCGCAGCAUUUAAA